CGCCCCCACUUCUCUCCGCAACGGCCAACUGCCCAACUGCUUUGCAAACAACACAAAUAGCACUACAGACUACAGAGAGCUCAGGCAUCCACUCAUUCAUGGGAAGGAAGGAGACAAGCGGGAGGCUCUCGGCGGAGUACCAUGGCCUGGAGGUGAAGGUGCCCAGCCUGUUCCGGUGCCCCAUCUCGCUUGACGUCAUGCGGUCGCCGGUGAGCCUCUGCACUGGAAUCACCUACGACCGCGCCUCCAUCCAGCGGUGGUUCGAUUCGGGCAACAACACCUGCCCUGCCACCAUGCAAACUCUCCCGUCCACCGACCUCGUCCCGAACCUCACGCUGGGCCGUCUCAUUGCCCUCUGGGCUUCCACCGGCGCUUCCGGCGCCUCGUCCCUCGCUCCUUCCCCGGUCGGCCCCACCCCGGCUGCCGCGGCCGCGGAUCUCCUGCGCCGGAUCGCUGACCCCAGCAAGGACCCCUGCCCCGCGCUCCACAAGCUCGCGGCUUUCUUCUCUGAAGACGACGUCGACGAAUUCGACAAGAACGCGGUCGUGAAGGCGUCCGGCGCCGCGGAGACCUUGGUCGCGGUGCUCCAGAGAAGUAGUACUAGCCAGUCGGACGAUGAUGCCGGUCGCGGCGCGGCCGCUGUAGUGCGGAUUCUCGCGGCGAUGGCCGCGUCCGACUGCGGCAUCGAAGAGGAGAACAGGAAGCGGGUCGCCGCCGCCCUCGCCGCGGACGCCGCGUCCUCGGUCGCGUCCCUGGCGCGCGUGCUGCGAAGCAGGGCUCCGGAAUCGCGGGUCGACGCGGCGAGGCUGGUGGAGUCGAUGCUCCGUGAUGCCGACGCCAUGGCAAUGCCAGGCGUUAAGGCGGCGGUGGCCGAGUCAGAGGAGAUGGUUUCCGGGCUGAUCCGGCUCGUCGGCCUCGUGGACGGCAAGGGCCGCAGCCUGGACAGCCAAGCCGUGGAGGCCGGUCUUUCCUGCCUCGACGCCAUCGCCGGGAGCACGCGGCUCCCGCGUUCCGAGAUGGUCCGGCUGGGCGCCGUCCAGGCGGCCGUGCGCGUUCUGAGCGCCGCAGACGACGCCGCGUGCACCACCGGCCUGGCCCUCCGCGUCCUGGAGGCCACCGUGAGCUGCGCCGAGGGGCGCGCCGUGGUGUGCGAGAAGGCGGAGACCGCGAUCCCCGCGGUGCUGUCCAAGAUGACGAGGGGCGGGACGAUGCGCAGCGCGGAGGCGGCGGUGGCCGUGCUCUGGGCCGUGUGCCACAAGUACAGGGACAGGCGCGCCGUGGAGGCGGCGGCGGCGUCCAAGAACGGGCUGACGAGGCUGCUGCUGCUGAUGCAGAGCGGGUGCUCGCCGGCGGCCGAGCAGAUGGCGUCGGAUCUUGUCAAGAUGUUCAAGGUGAACGCCAAGACCUGCAUCGCCGGCUUCGAUUCCGCGUCCAUCCACGUCAUGCCGUACUAAUGUAGAAGCUCCAAGGGCGGAACUGAUGGAUGGGUCGUCGAUUCCUGGAACUGUUUCCUUUUUUCGAUAGCUGCUUCGUUCAAUGAGUACUGAUAGAUCAAAUUCGUUCGUUAUUUAGGAGGAAACAUCUUGUAAAUUGUUAAAGAAUUUUGAUAGAAACAAGGGAACUGAUGAGAAAUUUAAUCUAACGAUUCCUGCGGUGCUCAA